AUGAUUGAUCUAUGUUACAUAAUAAACCCAGUAUGUUUCUAUGCAUUAAUUCUAAUACAAAACAGCUUAGUAAAAACAACUUAUACAACGUUUUUAUGCUCAACAGCUUUUAUUCCUUCACUGAUAUACACAAUACUAAAAAUGAAAAAUUUUAAUACAAAAAAGAUAUCGUUUGAAAUAAUAUUUUAUGGAAUGUUAUUUAGCGCACUAGAUUUUUUUGCUUUCUAUAUAUUAUUUCAUUCUAUGAGCCGAUUUUCCUCAUUUAUGGUUAUUUCAAUGACCUCAUUCUUUUUUUUAACAAUGUGUAAAGUACCGACGCAUUUUAUUGAAUUUAUUUUUGACUGGGGUUCUAUUUUAGUAGUUAUACGUAUUUUUAAAAAAGUAAUAGAUUAUGAGAGGUCUGAUUUUCAAUUUUAUCAUUAUUCGUUUGGUUCUGAUCUUUUUUAUAUAAUUUAUCUUUUUUACAUCCCAAAAGUCUUUGCAGAAAGAUUUGCACUGCAAGAUUUAGAUGAAGAUCUUGGCAAUAACUGUAAAAUAUUAUUUUUUAUGAUUAUAUCAGGAAUAUACCUAUUAAUAGAUAUUGUAAAUACAAGACAGGAAGGAUUGUACGGUAAGGAUCAUUAUUCAAUGAUUAUUUUAAUGAGUAUUAUAAGCUUUGUAUGGCUUAUUACUUUAAAGAAAAUAACUCCUGAGUUAUGCGACAAUUAUUUAAUAUCUUGUGCUGUAAUUCUUGUAAUUUAUUUUAUGUAUAGAGCUGAUAAGAUAUUUGAUGUGACAAGAAUUGAAGCAAAUUUAUAUAAUUUAUACAUAUUCCUAUUUAUUGCACUUGUUGUAUUAUACUUUUAUAUUCAGAUAGAUAAAAUAUUUUUAGUUGAUGAAAUUGCUAAUUUAUUAAAUAAAUAUAACUCACCCACUACAGAAGGAGCAAAUAUACAAGAAGAAGGAACUAACACAGAAAACGAAGCGGCAUUGUAUGCACUUUAUACCACAUAG